AUGAAGAAAAUUCGAUUUAAAGAUCUUUGUGAAAGAUUGACGAGAAACCCCGACCAGAAACAAUCCCAGAGCGAUGAGAGAGAUAGAGAACCGGAGCGAGAGCUUUGUCAUGGCGGAGAUGGAGACCACGGAAGCCUCCAGGGGCAAAACCCGAAAGCGCCUCCUCCUCGCACUCAACUGCGCCAUGCUCUCUGUCGGCACGUGCGGCGGCCCGCUCCUCAUGCGCCUCUACUUCGUCCGCGGCGGCGCCCGCGUGUGGCUCUCCAGCUGGCUCGAAAUGGGCGGCUGGCCGAUCAUCGUUUUCCCACUUGCGGUAGCCUACUUCCGCCGCCGCUCCACCAAGGGCCCCUCCGCCCGCCUCGUCCUCAUGGAUCCCUUCCUCUUCGCCGCCUCGGCUGUCAUCGGGGUCCUCAUGGGCCUCGACAACUACCUCUACGCCUACGGCGUGGCUCAACUCCCCGUCUCAACAUCGUCCCUGCUCGUCGGGACGCAGCUGGCCUUCACAGCCGGCUUCGCGUUCCUGCUGGUGAAGCAGCGGUUCACGUGGUACUCGAUCAUCUCGAUAUUCCUGCUGACUAUCGGGGCGGGGGUGCUGGUGAUGCAAACGAGCAGCGAACGGCCGGCGGGGGAGUCGGACGGGGCGUACUACGCUGGGUUCUUCAUGACGCUUGGGGCAGCGGCGCUGUACGGGUUCAUACUGCCGCUGGUGGAGCUGACGUAAAAGAAAGCCAAGCAGGCGGUCACUUACUCGCUGGUCUUGGAGAUUCAGUUGGUGAUGUGCUUCUUCGCCACCGUUUUCUGCACCGUGGGCAUGCUGAUCAACAAGGACUUCCAGGUUCUCUCUCAACCUGGACCCAUCCACACGGGCGAUUCCUACAGAAGCAAGGAACUACGAGCUCGGAGAAGCCACAUACUAUGUGGUGCUCGUGUGGAACGCGAUCAUCUAUCAAUUCUUAUUCUUAGGAGCCAUAGGAGUCGUCUUCUGUGCCUCCUCUCUAUUCUCGGGAAUCAUCACCGCCGUUCUUCUCCCGGUCAUUGAGAUCCUAGCUGUCAUAAUCUUCCAGGAGAAGUUCCAGGCAGGGAAAGGUGUGUCCCUCGCCCUCUCGCUUUGGGGCUUCGCUUCGUAUUUUUACGGCGAAUUCAAAAUUGCCAAGAAGGAAAAAGAAAGAGCAGCAGCAGUAGAUCAGACCUCCAGAGACCGAAAUGCAUCAGCAAGGCCUUCCCUGAAGGUUAAAAAAAGAAAGACACGGCUCAGACUUAGCGAAAUUUGGAUCUGCACUGCAUAGAGACUCUGUUUUUGGGCAGAAAAAGAACAAUCUAGUGAUGAGCAAGACAGAGAGACAAUGACAAAAGCCAGGGAAUUUCAGAAUAUACCCUCUUUCCUUUUUCUUUGGUUCGCCGCCCUCUUGUUUAUGUUUCGCCCUGUUCAUUGAAACUGAAUAGCCUGAAUUGACCAAGGAGAAUCCUAUCGCAUCUAAUACAGCGGUGCUAAUUGAGACAAUGACAGGGAACCGCCAGAUUGAUUGAAGCAAGUUUACAUAAUCAGUCAGAAUAUCCAAUGGGAGACACAUUUGACCUUUUAUUUGAAAGAGAACUGUACUUCUAGCUUUCUGUCCCCGUUAAUCAACGGUUUGAGGUAGGAAGAUCACCUUGCAGAUGGUGACAAAGAAGUCAAAGAUCAUCUUUUGAGAUACGCCAAGCUUGUUCUAUGAAGUACCCUUUACUUUCAUGUGGAGGCCUUCACUUUGUCCACUAAACCAAACUAUCAAGAAAGAAGAUACAAAAUACAUAGUGCUCCCACAACGUGAAUAGAACACAAAAAGUUCCACCGAUAUUGGCAUCUUCCCACGAGAAGUUCAUAGAUUAGAAGCUCCUCCCGAUGAUGCGAUCUGCUUUAAAAAGAAACAGUUUUUCCUUCUGCC